GCGGCAGAGCAGUAUUUCCCGCUGGGGAAUGCGGGCUCCCGGCGGCUGCCGCGCUUGGCCCCGGCGGACACGCUUUCUAGCCCGGCGGGAAGUCGCGCCGGAGGUGGGACGUCCCUCCCCGCGGAGGGCGAGGCGAGGCGCCGCGCCCGGCCCGGCCCGGCCCUACCUGCGGCGGCAGGAAGGAGGCGGCGCGGCGCGGCGGGGGUUCCGGGAACGUCGGCGGGGGCCCCUCGUUCCUCGCCUUGGGACCGCGCCGCCCGCCCCAUGGCCGCUCCGCAGGACCCGCUGCCCCCAGUAGAUCAUGCAGCAAAAGAGCCAGUGGAGGAUACGGAUCCAAGCACUCUUUCCUUAACAAUGACUGAAAAAUAUCCUGUCCAAGACACAGGAGUACCUAAAGUCUUUGUCUUAGCUGAGGAAUACCUAACGGAUCAAGUUACAUUGGAAAUUGCAUCUGUGAACAUCAAGACCCUUACAUCAGAUUCUGGCUUAAUCCAACAGCCAGAAGACAAAGACACACAAAACCAUACUGACAAAUCACUUUCAGAUCUCAAGAAAACCUGCAAGGAAAACGGCACCUGCUCCUUGUGCUUAUUCCGUGCACCGACCAUCAGUGACAUGCUCAAUGAUGAGGACUUGUUGUACACAGUGAGGCUAAAGCUGGAUCCCUGCCACCCAACAGUGAAAAACUGGAGAAAUUUAGCAAGCAAGUGGGGGAUGACUUAUGAUGAAUUGUGUUUCCUUGAACAGAAGCCCCAAAGUCCCACCUUGGAGUUCUUGCUACGGAAUAGUGACAGGACUGUGGAGCAGCUGAUUGAUCUCUGUAAAUUUUAUAAGAGAAUUGAUGUUGUGAAAGUGCUGCUGAAAUGGGUGGAGGAGGAAUGGCCUAAGAGAGGGAACAAAACUUACCAGAAUGACUUCUAGGGCAAAGGAAGUUGUUAGUCCGUACGUGUUAAAUGCUGGGACUAGCUGCCACUAAUACAUGGGAAGUUUCCCUUGCAAGAGAGAGAGCCUGUACUGACGGUUUGUAUACUGUGUAAACUUUAUGUACUGUAUACACAAACAUAUGUUCUGUGCCCUCAGAGUUGCAAAGAUAACCUUCCAAAAGUGGAUGGAAUAACGCAAGUUGUGUUCUUGACUCUACAAAUGCCUUCAGUUUCUUUGCUGAUGUUCAUAGGCUUCCUAAGCAGAAGAGGAAUGAAAAAGCCAGACCACUGAUUUUACCGCAGCAGUUGUGAACCAUGUCAGUUGUGUGCUGUUGCUAUUGGGAAAGCCACAAUUAGAAGGCAAGUCUCUUGGCCUCUAGGCCUUUCUGGCAGCCCUUCCACAAUUUUAUAUGUUCUACCUAGUAGAAGAUGAGGGGUUAUUUUUUUUUCUUUGUGUUUUUUUUUAAAUUUUUUUUAAGCUUUAUGACACUGUUUUUGGCACAGGAACACCUCAGUGCUCCAAGCAGCAGUUUGGAUUUGCAUGUUACAAUUGAUUCAGUGUUUCAACAUCACACUCAGGCAAAUUAAGCUUUAAAUCUCUUUUAUAAACAAGAAUUGAUGUUAAACAAAAUAAUUAUUUGCAUACUUCUUCAUCAUAGGAUAUAUAUUUCUUACAGAAGAAAUCAUGCAAUUCAGAGAGACUUUUCAGCCCAUAACCACUAGGGACCAAAAAAAACAAUUAAAAUGCUUUAUACCUAAAAUUAGUUUCCAAAGUUCUGAAGAAAAUACACACUGAGUGCACUUCCCUGUUUAUCUCAAAUGCCUCUCGCUUUGCAGCGUGAGCUGACAGUUAAUGCCUCACCCACAGUAUAUCCGUAGUAUUGACUAUAACUUCCCUUUUCACAGGCUGUGGUUUUCUUUACAGUCCCAUCGGCUGACCUAGUUUGUCCCACACCACAGUAGUUGCACACUUGCAUGAAACUAGCACAAGUUUAAGUAUUGACUGAAGCCACUCUAAUGGGAAAUUAACAGCUGAAUUAAUCUGCAGUCCAGGUGGAUAGUUAUUAAAGCACUUAUAGGGGUUUAGACUGAUGUUUCUCAAAGAAUUUUGAUACUCUGAAUUAUGCUGUUUACAUUUUAAAUAUUUUAGAAAUUGGUCUUUUUCCUACCAUUCUUCUGUGUUCUAAUGUUUAAAAAAAAAUCCUGAAAAAAUCUGUUACACAAUACGAUAUAUAAAAUACUUAUAGCUAUAAUGCCAUACACAAAAACAUUGUGACUUAAAAAUACUUCUAGUUGUUACCCUUUCUAAAAGCAUCUCAGGCAAUACUAAUAUGUACAUAGGUCUAUAUACCAAAGCACUGGUGAACAGUAUGUCAAGAUGUGGGGCAAAACUAGAAUGGGGUACAGGCUGAUGCACUGUUUACUUUUCUCGAGUAGAAAUAACUUAAGAAUUAGUAGCAAAGCUGAGGGAAGUCUAAUGCUGUAUACCGAGUUUCUUAAUGUAAGAGAAUGAAAAGGAACCUCUAGUGAUACUAUACUGUAGAUACUGAGUGACAUGGUUAUGGAGGAGCUAGAAGUAAAGACUAACGUUUUCAAUGUCAGGCACUAGUUCUGGGGUGAUAUAAAUCAGCUUUAUUUUAGUGACUUAAGAAGAUGAAGAUCUAGUUUAAAGGUGAAAAGAGUGACCUAAAUUUGACGCUUGAAUUAAAAGCUUGUGGAAGACUGGAAUUUUUAAUAACUCUUUUUUAAAAAACCAUUCCUCAAAAAAGCUGCUACUCUUUAGAACAGGAAGUUUUCUAGCCCUAUUUUAAAGGGGAAAUUGUACUGCCUUAUCUUGUUGGGGCUGCAGUUCAAAUGUCUCAUGUUGUUCUUCUAGGAACAGGCGUUUCCUGAUAGAUGUCUGUCAACAGGAGCGACUGUUUACAAGGGCAUGUAGUGAUAGGACAAGGGCUAAUGGCUUUAAACUGAAAGAUGGUAGACUUAGAGUAGCUAUUAGGAAGAAAUUCUUCCCUGUGAGGGUGGUGAGGCACUGGAACAGGUUGCCCAGAGAAGUUGUGGCUGCCCCCUCCCUGGAAGUGUUCAAGGCCAGGUUGGAUGGGGCUUUGGGCAACGUGGUCUAGUGGAGGGUGUCCCUGCCCGCAGCAGGGGGGUUGGAACUAGAGGAUCUUUGAGGUCCCUUCCAACCCAAACCAUUCUAUGAUUCUAUGAACUUUAACUUUUCCAAAUAAUCUUCUGUCUUUAGUUAGGAUCUCUAGAAUCAGCUUUGAGGACUACUGCCGUGGCUGGGCUGCCUGCUAUUUUCACUUCCUACAGAGGCAUCCACUGCGUACAUGCAAAUAGCUGUUAAUGCCGCUUGUCCAACAUAGUUCCCAUACCUUGGGCCUACAAUAUGCAUGAUUUACAAUCAUGUGUCGUUGUGUUAAGUUGUUCUUCAGAGUGAUAAGUGCUGGCAUAUAUGCCAACAGCUUUUCUCCUCCAUAACAUAACAUGGCUAUAUGUGUGUGGUAUUAUAGUAUGCUCUGCUUUGGUAGAUCCAGUCUAGGAAGGAGCUGGAGCCCUCACCUAAGACUCACAAUGGGAACAUGAAAUGAUGCAGCAGCAUUUCUGAAUCAAGAUGUUCAACUGAAAUCUAUCUUGCUAAAACUUGUAAAAUUUUGAAGAAACACUGUUGUCCCACGGAAAUCAGUUCUGAUCCCUUGAAGCUCUUGAAAAGUCAAUGUCAGCUGCAAGGAUUCAUGUCUGAUGGAAAUAAAGCUGCUUCUGAGAGUUCAUAUGUGGAUUCUGUACAAAGUCAGCACUGAAGGUUGAAAAUGUUAGCCUUAAACUUCAUCACACACUGGAUUACUCAUUAGUAUACUUGAAAUAUUUUUUUCUCUUUGUAUGGCAUGAAUUGAAAUGUACACACUUUUUUAGUUUUAUGUCUGUUUACAAGAUAUUGGGGUCUGAGUGUUCAGUUUAUUCUUGUAUCUUCUGUUAUGUAUACUGUUUUUAGAAGAAAUAUAGAUUGUUGAUGUU